CGUAAAUUUGAAUAAAUGCUUAAAUCCGAUUAUGUAAGGACUGCAGGUAAGUGCUUGUAAAGUGAUCCUGGUUGCACGAAUAUCAUAAUUCAGUUACUACUUUCAAAGCAAGGCCCGGUUGAAAGAGGUACACGAUCGCGUAACGGACGUUGCGAUGAACUAGUAGAUAUCCGUAAAAGGUUUUCAUUUGCUGGCUUUUUGAUAACCCCAAAGUGUAUGACGUUACGGUAACGGCUACAAGCUGGGCUACAGGUCAUAAGUGUAUAUUACUCUAUUAAAUUUAAGUCAGUAGAACCUAGUCUAUAUUGUUAGCAGAAAUCCGAAAAAUGGCAUCACGAUAUCGACCACUUUCAGAGCAACUUAAAAAAUUUGCUCAAGAAGAACUAAAUGAAGUUGAAGAUCGGGUGGAUGACGAUGUCAGACACAUUAAAGAUUGGUUUGUAAAGCAAGCCCACUUGAACUUUCAAUUAGAGGAUCAGUUAGUGUUAUCCUUUCUUCGCUGCACCAAGUUCCGAUUAGAAAAAGCCAAAGAAAAAAUUAAUGGUUACUUUACUAUGAGAAGUUUAAUACCCGCAUUGUUUAGUACCCGAGAUCCAUUUUUACCGGAAUUACAACGUCUUCUUAACGCCGGAAUAAUGGUUCCGUUACCAAAAGUAGAUGAACGUGGAUCUAGAAUACUACUAAGCACUUCUGGAAAAAAUCUCAAUCCAGACACAAUGAGCUUACAGAGUUUUGCAAAAAUAUGUUACAUGAUCGCAGAUAUACUACUCAGAGAAGACGACCAAGCAAUCGUCAAUGGUUUGACUAUUGUUAUUGCGUGCAAAGGUGCACAACACAAAUAUGUACCUCAGCUAACACCCACAUUUAUCAAAGAACAAGCAUACGUUGUGCUUAACGCCCCUUUCAGAAUCUCCGGCAUGUAUAUUGUAGAUUGUCACCCAAUCUUUCACUAUGCAUAUAACAUCACAAGUUUUCUCCUCCCACAGAAGAUAAAGAAAAGAGUGGUAAUAUUUACUGAGGCUAACUCACACGAGGUAUAUACUAACAUUCCUAGAGAUCUGUUCCCAGAGGAACUAGGUGGCAGUAACGGUUCCCUAAAAGAGUUGACUGUUGAGUGGAAGAAGAAGGUGGAAAGUUACAGAGAAUGGUUUCUUCAGGACGAAAAGUUAAGAAGCAACGAAGACCUGCGCCAAGGAAAACCUAAGGCGUCUUCCGACUUUUUUGGCACUGAUGGUUCCUUUAGACAACUAAACAUUGAUUAACUCCAUUUUCAUCUUAAUUUUUUUACAGUUGUGUGUUUUUAUAUACAAACACUGUAUUUUAUGUCAGUGGAAAUAAAUUGCGAAGUAAUUUACUCUAUCGUUCAAUUUUUGGGUUGUGAAGAAAAUGACAAUAAUAGUUCUUGAGGUAACGGCAACCAUAAUACUCCAGCGCAUUCAAGUAACGUGUUAUAAUGCGGAUACCCCAAAGUUAUGAAAUUAACGGAAGCUAUUAUAGAAGUCAACAGGCUUGAGCCAAUUGCCCCUCAGCGUCCAACACUGAAGCCACGCAGUGAAAGUAGUAUUAGAAUUAUUUUCCAGAACAUUAAAAACAGAAUCGUACAGUAAUUCGUUCUUUUCCAAAUUGAGCAUAUCUCGCUGAUUUUCUUUCCGUUUAAUAUACAACCCUUCAAUUGACGAUGUGGGGAGUAAAUAACAUUUUCCUAGUUAAAGUGCAAUGAAUUUCAAUCUGUGUUUCACCAUUUUAGUAGUGCUAAAG